AUUCGCAUUCGCCAUUUUCUAGUUUUGUACACGUUCGAAAUAUUCAACACACAUUUUUCCGUCGCAAAUUAAUUUUCUUUUUCGGCCAUUUAUUUCCAAAAACCAAAAUAUAUACAUAUAUAUAAUAUAUGCUUAAAUAUAUAAUCAUUUUGGCAGGACUUAACUAAAACAAUCAAAGAAACCCGCAAGGAUUCUUGUGUAAACUGUGAACUGUAAACUUUCACUUUCAAUCAUCACAAAUAAGAUAAAAUGCCCAAAGGUAAAUACGUAAACCACAAAGGACGUAGCCGUCACUUUACCAGCCCCGAAGAGCUGCAACGUGAAGAUGACUCGGACAAGACCGACGAAGAAUCUGAAAACGAAUCCGGUUCGGGUGGGUCGGACGAAUCAAGUUCCGAAGACGAAAAUGCCAAAGGCAAGGGAGUAUCAAAACUUAUCGAAAUCGAAAACCCCAACAGAGUACGAAAGAAGGCGGUUGUUAAAGUAACCACAGUAGAGGAGGAAGCAAAGCCAGAAUUGACACGUCGCGACCGCCAAGAGCUGGAAAAGCAAAAAGCCCGCGCACACUACCAAAAGAUGCACGAGCAAGGUAAAACUGCCCAAGCUCGCGCCGAUCUAGCCCGAUUAGCAAUUAUUCGUCAGCAGCGAGCUGAUGCCGCUGCAAAACGCGGCACUCCACCAAAAAAGGCUGAUGACCAAAGCCAGCCUGGCACUAGUAAAUCGGAUAACCCGACAACGACGACCAAGUAGGACCAAAUCCUGACACUGAAUUCUCGGAUUUCCUCCAGCUUGAAAUAAAUAUUAUUAAUCUAAUUGUUAUUGCUAGAGCUAAUUUUAGUAAGUUUUAGUUCUCAAGAAAUUUUUGUAUUUCCUCUGCAAUAUUAACGCAAAAAAAAAAAAGAAUAAGAAAUGAUCCAAGUAAAGGUAAACUUAGUGUGUGACACUAGGGUUUCGAAGUAAUGUA